AUGGCGGAGGCAAGGUGCUCCUCCAGCAGCGAGCAUUCGGAGGUGGAGCUCCGGAUGGACAAAGCCUUUCAAAUCUUCUGGGAGAAGCUCGAGGCUCUUAUGUUCCCAACAACCCCAGAGAAAGCACCUGGAACUCGACCGCGCACUCGCCCAAGCGUAUCCCAACGAAAGCCCGCACAGACAGCUCAGGCACCGAGCCGUCAGGAAAAAAGAAACCAGUGGGACACUAUUAAAAAACGGGCGACCAGAGACCCGUCAGGUGGCAACAGGAGGAAGGCGACAGCCACAUCAAACCGGCAAGUAACCAUGCGGACACAUAUCAGCCCACCCGGCCACCAACCUGAUACUGAGGGUCAGCACCAAGUGGCCUGA